AUGGCAGCCGAGCCUGUUGCCUUACCCCGAGCUGACGAAGAAGGUCAGUCCUUUGGCAUGAACCCGGAGUAUGUGAUCGGACGUCUCAUCAACUCCGGAGGAUUCGGCGUGAUCAAGGAAGCGCGCACGAUCAACAACGGGCAGGAAAUCGUGCGGGCGGUCAAGAUCGUGCGGAAGCCUCAGGUAGAUGGUGGUGGUCGUGGCGGGGUGGCCAAGGUGGAGGAGGAUCGAGACAGCGAGAAGGCGCAGCACGCGCUGGAACACGAAGUCUCGGUCUGGCGAUGGCUGAAUCAUCGACAUAUCCUCAAGCUACACGUUACCUUUGAUACCGAAUUCGCCACCUUCUGCGUCAUGGAUCUCAAUAUCGGCGGUACACUCUUCGAUCUCCUCCGCAAGUCGAGGCGGGAAGCAGGACAGAAUAAUGGACGGAAAGGCCUCGAUCCGAAGUUAGCCAAGGCGUAUGCAUGGCAGCUUGCCUGCGCACUCCGCUAUCUCCACCAAGACAUGAAGGUCUGUCACCGCGACAUCAAGCUCGAGAAUUGCUUGAUCGAUACUACCGUCAUCGAUCCCGAGACUGGGGCGGGAAAUCUACGAGUCUGUGAUUUCGGGCUGGCGGAUUUCUUGCAUCAUGAUGGGAGUAUCAUCGACGAUGAUGAUGAGGUGGAGGAGGAUCUAGAGCACAGUAUCACCAUCACCCCCGGUAUGCACGAUUCCAUGCAUGGGAUCCCCCAGCCCACCAACCCGACCGCAGGAAGCCCUAUCUCGCACCCCGGCCGCACGUCCUCGAUCAUCGGCACGUUGGAAUACGCCUCACCGAAAGGCCUCUCCGUGAAUCGAAAGCUCUUCGAGACAGCGGGGGAUAUAUGGGCGUAUGGCGUUAUCGUCUAUGCGCUCUGUACGGGCGAACUCCCCUUUCGCCACCCGAUGCCGAGUCGAACCGCCGAGUUGAUUCUGAGAGCGGACUGGGAUGUUCAGGCGCUUAAGGAGGCGGCGGCGGGCGGGGAUGCGGUGUUGGAGCUUGUGAGUGGGUGUUUGGAGCGGGAGGUGGAGUUGAGGGGGACGGUGGGGGAUGUGGUGGGGUGUGGGUGGUUUGAGGGGUGUAGGGAAGCUGGUGAUGGUGGUAUUGAUGAGGCGGUGGUGUGGUGA